AUGAUGUUCAAGUUCUUUAGUCUCGUUAUUGUCCUAUGUCUUUUAUUCUUUAUCGAAAUUACAAAUGCGUCGCAGUACUUGGAAAUACCCUGGAGCAAUACCUAUUAUGGGCCAGAUGGACCGUGGCAGGCUGUCUCAGUUGCUAUCGGAGGCAGUGAAGCUGAGAGAUCGAAUAUCAGCCAAUGCCAAUCGACAGUGGACCUUUUACCGGGUGGAUUUUGGUCCUCAAACGUUCUUUCCGAAGGGGCUUGUGCGUCUGAGGUUCAUCAAUGUGGGACAGGCCAGCCGUGGACCCCCAACAGUAAGACAAAUACCGAUUGGAAAACAACUUGGACGGACUUAUCGCAGGGGCUCGAGUCAAGAACAAGCUUCGUGUACCCUUUGGCCAUGACUAUCAACCAGCAAACUAUCUACAACGUAUCCUUGGCUGCCGUCACAAACGUAUCAGUCAAAAGUCCCAACGGGGAGCCUCACUUACCAGUGUUAGGUUCCCUUGCCCUUGGCAAUGACUUAGACGAGAUGCAGAGACUUACUGCUGUUGGUGGCAAGGAUGCCGUAGAUACUCCUACUUGGACAUUUGCUGGAGGUGCUUUCCACAGGAAAAUCAUACCAUCAUACUCGUACGGCCUCCAUAUCGGAUCGGCAGCAUUCAACUAUGCGGGAAGCUUGGUGUUUGGUGGUUAUGAUAAAGCAAGGGUACUCGGCCCCUAUACGACAUUCACUGACCCCCCUACACUGCUGGAUAUAGGUAUAGGCGUAGAGAUUGGUGAAUCUCCGUUUGUUUUCAACAACAAAAGCGGGCUUUUGCUUAGCAAAAACAACCGCUAUGAGCAAAUCACCGUUAUUCCGGACCCUCAAACCCCAUAUCUCAGCCUUCCAACCGAAACAUGCGAAGCAAUUAUAGAGGAAUUGCCCAUAUUCUAUGACAGCAACACCAAGUACUAUCUCUGGGACAGGAACGACCCCCGAUAUGAAAAAUAG